UGACAUUUCCAAGAAAUGUCUAUGACCAGUUAGACGGGCUGUUAAGGAAAUGCAUCACCUCACUACUUCAGAACAUCGAAGAUCGUUUUGCUGAAAGCAAGCAAACAUUGCAAGCAUUCUCCAUCUUUGACCCGUGCAAUGUCCCAAAGGAAAACGAGCCUGGUUUUCUGACAUAUGGUGACAAACACAUUGCAACCCUUGCUAACUUCUUGUAUGAUGGUAAGGAUGGCGACUGCAGGAUUAGAGAAGAAACUAGACUCAAAGCACAAUGGAUGACGUUAAAGUUUCUGAUCAAAGAUGCCCUAGAAGACAUGCCUGCCAAAAUAAAGGAAGCAAACGCAGACCAGAUGACCUCCACUGAGUGGUUUAUCUACAAACUGCUAACUAACAGGAACGCAUUCCGAAGUUAUUCUGAAGUUCUCAAGUUAGCUGAGAUCGGAGCCGUCAUCCCUGUAAGCAAUGCAUGGCCUGAAAGAGGCGCUAGUUCCAUGAAACACAUCAAGAGCAGGCUGAGGUCGUCUCUGAAGUCUGACCUGCUUAAUGCUCUCAUGCAAGUUGCUGUCAAUGGACCACCAGUUCUCGAAAGUCUGCCUGUUCUGGAAACUGCAGUAAAGAAUUGGCUAGGGAGAAAAAACAAGAAAAACAAAGAAUGCAACUGCUUCAAGCAACCUGAUGGCAACAGUAAGUGAACCAGUUGUCACUGAUCCAAUCACUGUGGAUGCCACCUGCCAGACCACCUGCCCAAGCAUUGAAGAGGAGGUUCAGGAAGCAGCAAGUGCGUUAGAUCUCUGUGUCGAAAAAGACGACUUUGACACGGAUAGUGACAGUGCCAUAGAGAGCGGAGAAGAAGAUUCUGACAUUGAUGUUUGAUCAGUCUCAGUCUGUUAAACUCUUGAUCUGUUGUAAAAGAAAUUUUAACUGAAUGUGCACUAAGUGAUUUUAGUUGCUACAUUUCAAUAGUAUCUUGUCAUUUUGAUGCUAUUUAGGGCGAUUUUGUUCAACUUCAUUGUUUUCAUUGCCUUCAAAUUCCAGGAAAUGUAUCCAAAGGGCUAUUUUCAGGUUAUCAAUAUACCAAUAUGACUGUAAAAAUAAACAAAAAAACCUUAUUGGUGAU